AGGUAUUCUUCAUCUGAGGGAUAUUAUUUCAUUGACAAGGUCUAUAUGCUAGCAAGGGAAUCUUCACUCGACGGAACGAGCAUAAAGGCACUUGUCUGCAGUACGCUUGUCGUACUUCUGACAGUCCAAGCGCAGGAUUUUGCCGACGUCAACGGUGAUCGCAAGUCAGGACGACGAACCCUGCCGAUCAUAGCGCCCGAAGGAUCUCGUAUCUAUAUGCUUUGUGCACUCCCGCUAUUUUCUUUUGCACUUGCCUCAGUUUGGAGUUUGGGGCCUCUCUCCAGUCUUCUUUUUGUUUCUAUGGGUUCUUGGGUUGGCAUUCGCUACUAUCUCUUUCGCGACGAGAUUUGUGACCAGACCAACUACCGCCUGUACAACGUUUGUAUUCUCUGUUCAUGUCUCCUUGUCUGUUACCUGGCAUUAAUCAUUAUCUACAGAUAUGGAUAUUGUGCGUUCAUCUUUUGCCAGCUACUGUACGUUUUCGUGCAUUAGCAUGGUAGUGACUCGUUGCGUCAUGAUCAUGGUGGGGGAAG